AUGGCAAUGAUACGGUCAAGGUUAGCUAUCGGAUUGGUUAACACUCCUAGAGUUGGUCUGAGACCUACAGGGACGGUGUUGAGUUCUUCGAUUAGGACUUACGCUCAAUCAUGGGACGGCAGAAAACCUAACGAAAAGAUCGAAGCCCAUAUGAAGGUUCAGAAGCUGAUGGACGACAUCCAUGCACAUCCCAAAGUUAUGGAGAAAUUGAACGUUGUCAGCGAGAUUAUGAUUUCGAAAGGUUUAGCUAGCGAAAACUCCGCCAAGCCUCUAGGGCCUUGGCAGAUGAUCAAGAUUUUGAUGGACAAAGACUUAAAGGUUGCCAUGAACGACUUCAAGACUGAGCUCGAAAGCGCAGGCAUUGAUCUCGGUCCUGAUCAGCUGGGACCGUUGAUGACAGUGCUGGGAAUCGAGAAAAAGAGGGACGAGUGA